AUGAAGCAGUGGGUGGAGAUUCACCUGAUAGUCCCAGAAACCCCUCUCGGCCCAAGCACCAUGAGUAACCAGACACUGGUAACAGAGUUUAUCCUGCAGGGCUUUUCAGAGCACCCAGAAUACCAGUCGCUCUUAUUCAUCUGUUUCCUCUCCCUCCACUCUGCGGCCAUCACAGGUAAUGUGCUCAUCAUCUUGGCCAUCGCCGUCAGCCCUGGGCUUCACACCCCCAUGUACUUUUUCCUGUUCAACUUGGCUACUAUGGACAUCAUCUGCAUCUUCUCCGUCAUGCCCACGGCACUGGCAGGUCUGGUGUCAGAGGAGAGCUCCAUCUCCUAUGGGGGCUGCAUGGCCCAGCUCUAUUUCCUCACAUGGGCCGCAUCUUCAGAGCUGCUUCUGCUCACGAUCAUGGCCUAUGACCGGUAUGCGGCCAUCUGCCAUCCGCUGCAUUACGGCACCGUGAUGAGCAAGGCGUUCUGCAGCAUGCUGGCCGCAGGUGUGUGGGUGCUCUGCGCCUUCAACACGGCCAUCCACACGGGCCUGAUGCUGCGCUUGGACUUCUGUGGCCCUAAUGUCAUCACACAUUUCUUCUGUGAGGUCCCUCCUCUGCUACUUCUCUCCUGCAGCUCCACCUAUGUGAACAGUGUCAUGAUUGUUCUGGCGGACAGCUUUUAUGGCAUAUUGAACUUCCUGAUGACGAUCUUAUCAUACUGCUUCAUCAUCUCCAGUAUCCUCAAGAUGCGGACUGCAGAGGGGAAGAAGAAAGCCUUCUCCACCUGCUCUUCCCACAUUGCUGUGGUGUGCAUUUACUACUCCGCUGUCUUCUACGCCUACAUAAGUCCCGUCUCCAGCUACAGCGCCGAGAAGAGCAAAUUGGCUGGCGUGCUGUACACCAUGUGCAGCCCUGCCCUCAACCCCCUCAUCUACACUUUGAGAAACAAAGAAGUCAAAGCAGCCCUCAGGAAGCUUUCCUCCUCCUUCAGAAAUUAA